AUGAAUAUGGGAGGCGAGCCUGAGAAGCCAGCUCUCGAACAAUACGGUAUCGAUCUCACGGCAAAAGCCAAAGAUGGCAAGCUUGAUCCAGUCAUUGGAAGAGACGGAGAGAUUCACCGAACAAUCCAAAUUCUGUCAAGACGUACGAAGAAUAACCCUGUAUUAAUUGGAAACGCGGGUUGCGGAAAAACGGCCAUUGUUGAGGGCCUUGCGCAAAGGAUUGUGAAGGGGGACGUCCCUGAAAGCGUAAAAGAAAAGCGCGUUAUCAGCUUGGAUCUCGGAUCCUUGAUUGCUGGCGCGAAAUUUAGAGGUGACUUUGAAGAGCGCCUCAAGUCGGUAUUGAAGGAGGUAGAGGAGGCAAAGGGAGGGGUGAUUCUGUUCAUCGACGAACUGCAUACGUUGUUAGGGUUGGGCAAAGCUGAGGGCAGCAUCGACGCCAGCAACCUCUUGAAACCAGCUCUAUCUCGCGGAGAGUUGCAGUGCUGCGGAGCUACAACUCUGAACGAAUACCGCCAGAUCGAGAAGGAUGUUGCUCUUGCACGACGAUUUCAACCCAUUCUGGUCGGCGAACCAACAGUGCAGGACACAAUCUCUAUCCUACGAGGAAUCAAGGACAAGUAUGAAGUACACCAUGGAGUGCGGAUCACGGACGGUGCACUGGUUGCAGCAGCCGCGUACAGCAAUCGCUACAUCACGGAUAGAUUUCUGCCGGACAAGGCGAUUGACCUGGUCGAUGAGGCUGCGUCUGCGCUGAGGCUGCAGCAAGAAAGCAAGCCUGAUGCCAUCCGAGAGCUGGAUCGGGCUAUUACCCAGCUGCAGAUCGAGCUCGAAAGCCUGCGCAAAGAAAACGACAUAGCCAGCAAGGAACGUCGGGAGCAACUUGAAAAGACGCUGACCUUGAAGCAAGAUGAACUUGGUGCUCUGACUGAGAAGUGGGAGAAAGAACGCGCGGAAAUCGAGGAGAUCAAGCGAGCGAAGGAAGAACUGGAGCAGGCUCGGAUGGAGUUGGAGCAAGCUCAACGAGAAGGCAAUUUUGCUCGUGCGAGUGAACUCCGGUACGCUCGUAUUCCUGAGCUUCAGAAAAAGCUUCCGGAGGAACAAGGCGGCGAGUCGACAACCAUCGGUCCAAAGCAGACCUUGAUCCACGAUUCAGUGACUGCUGAUGAUAUUGCAGCGGUUGUGGCUAAGACUACCGGCAUACCAGUCACGAAGCUCAUGUCAGGAGAGAUUGAGAAACUCAUCCAUAUGGAGGAAACCCUUCGCCAGACUGUUCGGGGACAAGACGAGGCUUUGACAGCUGUCGCGAAUGCUGUUCGGAUGCAGCGAGCGGGUCUCAGCGGCGACAAUCGACCUCUUGCGUCCUUCAUGUUCUGUGGGCCAACUGGAGUCGGAAAGGUAAGUCAACGAAUGGGUGGAAAGCACCACUUUCUGUCUGAGACAACUGCUAACCUUUUACCUCUCGCUUUUAGACUGAGCUUUGCAAGAAGUUGGCCUCGUUCUUGUUUUCAACCGAGUCUGCAGUCAUCCGUUUCGACAUGUCAGAGUUCCAGGAAAAGCACACUGUUUCCCGCCUGAUCGGAAGCCCCGCUGGCUACGUCGGAUACGAAGAUGCCGGACAGCUAACUGAGGCGGUCCGCAGGAAACCAUAUGCUGUUCUGCUAUUCGACGAGUUUGAAAAAGCCCAUCGCGACAUCAGCACGCUUCUUCUGCAGGUCCUCGACGAAGGCUUCUUGACCGAUGCUCAAGGCCACAAGGUCGAUUUCCGCAAUACGAUCAUCGUCCUCACAUCAAAUUUAGGCGCAGAGGCAUUGGUGGCGGAUGAGGAUGCUGGAACAGAGAUCUCACCAGAAGUCAAGAAGCAAGUCAUGGACGUUGUUCAAAUGUCCUACCCACCAGAAUUCCUGAACCGUCUUGACGAAAUUAUCAUCUUCAAGCGACUGUCCCGAGAGGCACUCCGGGACAUAGUCGACAUCCGUCUGAAGGAACUACAGGCCAGGCUAGACGAUCGUCGCAUCAAGCUCGACGUGAGCGAUGAUGUUAAAGAGUGGCUUUGCCAGAAAGGAUAUGACCCUCGUUACGGAGCUCGACCACUGAAUCGCUUGAUCUCCAAGGAAGUCGGCAAUAGCUUAGCCGAUAAGAUCAUCCGUGGAAACAUAAAGAGCGGCGACACCGCGAAAGUCGUGCUCCAAGAGGGAGGGGAGCAUCUCGACGUGGUUGUGCAGGAGUAA